CCACCUUUUCUUUUUUCUCCUCAUUUCGCUUUUCUUCGUCUGUAAUCGAUUGAAGAAACCCAAGAAGAAGAUGCCCUCGAGGCCUUUAGCUCCAAGCUCAAACCCCAGCUCGAUACUCAGGGCCCGGGGUUUGUUUCUCGCUAUCACCAUCUCGGCUUCUGCUUUGUUCUUCAUUGGUCUCAUCUUCUUUCUUUUCUAUCUCUGGUACUCCCUUGUCAACCGCUCUCGCACCAGCCCUUUCGACUCCAGCACUCCCCUGAAGCUGCAGAGGUUCUCCUACAGGGAGCUGAAGUCGGCCACCAAUGGAUUCAAUGACGCUAAUUCGAUCGGAAAAGGUGGGUCCGGGACUGUGUUUCGGGGUAUUCUACGUGACGGGAAGUCUGUUGCCGUGAAGAAGCUUGACGCGUCGUCGUUGCAGGUCGAGCGUGAGUUUCAAAAUGAGUUGCAGAUUCUGGGUGGUUUGAGGUCGCCGUUUGUUAUUUCGCUUCUGGGGUAUUGUGUUCAUGAGAAAAGAAGGUUCCUUGUUUAUGAGUAUAUGCCAAACAGGAGCUUGCAGGAGUCCUUGUUCGGUGAUGGCUCGGCGUCGUCGGAGUUGAAUUGGGAUCGGCGUUUUGAGAUUAUUCUCGACAUUGCUCGAGCUCUUGCAUUUCUGCAUCUGGAAUGUGAUCCUCCGGUCAUUCAUGGCGACAUAAAGCCGAGUAAUGUUCUAUUGAGUUCGGACUAUCGGGCGAAGAUUUCAGAUUUUGGGCUGUCGAGGUUUAAGACUGAAGGUGAAUUCGGGAUUGACUUGUUUAGUCAGGAAUUGGGUCGGAGUCAGGAGCUGUGGAAAAGCCAGGAGCUUUCUGGGAAUCCAGCUUCUGCUCCUGCAGAAACUCCAACAGAUGAAACUCCAGUUGAGACUGCUCCUGAGGUAGACUUCUCUAUUGCUUUGCAAGCUUCUUCUUCUUCUUAUUCAAAUAGUAGUAAAGUGGUUUAUAAUGCGAAAACCCUGAAUUCGAAUUCUCUGAAUCCAAACACCGGCGGUUCUGUAAAUGAGGAUGGUGCUAAGGAUUUUAAUGCAAAGGGGAAGGCGGUAUUAGCUGUGGGAUUUGGCGGAGAAGAUUGGAACAAGUUCGUUCCUUUCGAAUACGACCCAUGUAGUUCUGAACACAGUAAGGAGUUGAAUCUUAAUACAUCUCUGCAAAUCGAUGACACGGAAACUAGUACAAAGCAGUGGGGAAAGGAUUGGUGGUGGAGACAGGAUGGGAGUGGUGAAUUGUGCAGUAAAGAUUAUGUCAUGGAAUGGAUAGGAAGCCAGAUUUUCCCAUCCACCAAUCCUGAUUGGGACGACGAGAAGAAGAGUAUCCCAGAGAAAACCGAUUUGGAUAAUUCGACUCAGACAGAUAAACUGGAAAUUGUAGCCGAACCCCAGUUGCAGGGACUCAUCUUUGAUGGUCCGAAGAAGAGGUCUGAGAAGAAAGAAGGAAAGAGUGGGAAAAAAAGCAACAAGAAGCACAGGAAGAUGCAAGAAUGGUGGAAAGAAGAACGCCUUGCAGAGAUGAGCAAGAAGGGUAGCAGGUUAAGGAAGCUAGAAGCCAAGUGGAAGAAAGGCUUCAAGAUCCCACAUUUUGAUCUGGGUCGAACGUUUCGGUUUCAAAGCUGUGCUACUUUCAGAGAACAGAAGCAGAACGACUGUGAUACUAGUGCAGAGUUCAGUUUCAGAAAGGGUUGGAAGAAGAAGAAGACGACCCAUUCUGCUGGUAGUGAGAUGUGGAGUGGGGAUCUUUUCAGUCGGGAGCUCAGCAGUACAACAAGCGUGAGAGGGACUGUGUGUUAUGUAGCGCCUGAAUAUGGUGGAUGCGGGUGUUCGAUGGAGAAAGCUGAUAUUUACAGUCUGGGCGUGGUGAUCCUUGUGAUCAUCUCAGGAAGGAGGCCAUUGCAUGUGCUUUCUUCACCCAUGAAGCUCGAGAGAGCCAACCUGAUAAGCUGGUGCAGGAACUUGGCUCGGGCUGGGAACAUCUUGGAGCUGGUGGAUGAAAAAUUGAAGGACACAUACAACAGAGAUCAAGCUACUCUGUGUAUCAACAUAGCUUUGAUGUGCUUACAGAAAAUGCCUGAGUUGCGUCCAGACAUUGGUGAGAUUGUUAAAAUUCUGCAAGGGGAGAUGGAUCUUCCACCAUUACCCUUUGAGUUUUCACUGUCUCCAGCUUCCAAGGCCUUCAGCAGGUUGAACAGAAAACUGAAGGAAGAUGUUGAGUAAGUUGAGCACAGUAACUCUACUUGCUCAUAUUUCAUUCUUCCUAUCCAUUUUGGUUCAUACUGAUGAAAUGGAAGUAACAUCAUAGAACAGAUGAAUACUAGUUGUUUAUGCAAGGACUGAUGUCUUCAGACACUGUAUUAUGAAGGAUUAUAGUGUAGUUCUAUUGUUGUACAAUAGAUGAUUGAUUUUUCUUGUCAGUUCUUAGAUGUAAAUAUGAAGGCUGUUGAACCAGUAUAUUUCUGAUCAGGCUACUUUUCUUCCUCAA